AACUGAUAACCAGUUUGUGCUCAGUCGUCCUUUAUGAGUCGUCGGCACGCUCAGUGGAAGGACAGACGGACUUGACAUCCCCUGCACUCAUGGUUCCACACAGCCCAGAAAUGGUCCUCCUGCUGCUGUUGGUAGUGCUGACUCUCAGCGCUGAGGCCAAGGGGGAGAAUAAGACACUUGUGAGGAAGAAGAGAGCGUGGAUUCUUCCUCCUAGCAAGUUGAUGGAGAACAUAGACUACACCCACAAGCCAUUCAUCGCCAAGAUUCGCUCCGAUCAUGACCUCACUACAAAAGUGGAUUACUAUCUUUCUGGACCGGGAGCAGACAAACCACCCAUCAACCUCUUUUUGGUGAACCAUGAAACAGGCUUUGUUACCAUCACUGGUAUCCUGGACCGCGAGGAAUAUCCAACCUACAACUUGACUGGAGUUGCUAAAUACAGAGAUGGAAAUGCAGCAGAAGAGAACAUCCCGCUGGUGGUCACAGUCCUAGACCAGAAUGACAACUCUCCAUAUUUUGAGCUGCAAUCUGGGAGCACCUACGAGGCAAGCAAAACAGGAACCUUUGUCAUGCAGAUUGUGGGGAAAGAUGACGACCAAGCAGGACAUAUUAAUUCAGAGAUCUCCUACAGCAUCAUCAGCCAGGAGCCAGCAGGCACAGGUCACAUGUUCACCAUCGACGCGAAGACGGGCAAAGUGUACGUCAAAGAGCAGACGCUUGACAGAGAGACUUAUGACUUGUACAAACUGGUUGUAAUGGGGAGAGAUUUAGGCGGAGCACCAGGAGGGCUAUCGGGGACAGGAACAGUGGAGAUCAAGGUCGUGGAUAUUAACGAUAACAUCCCCACUCUGGAGAAAUCUGAGUACUCUGGCUCGGUGGAUGAAAAUGUUGUUGACGUUGUUGUGAUGAGAAUCAAAGCUCUGGACAAGGACCUUGAGCACUCAGACAACUGGGUGACCCUCUUUUCAAUCGACAAAGGAAACGAGGACAAUCUCUUCUCAAUUGAGACAGACAGAGAAACAAAUGAGGGCAUCCUGAAGCUAAUCAAGCCUGUGGACUUUGAGGAAAUCCAAAAUCUUGAGCUUGGCCUUCUGAUUGAAAAUGUAGCACCUUUUGUGGAGGGUGGUGCUAUUGCGAUGAAUGUGGAUGUUCAGGUUGGAGAAGGUGGCGCUCCCGGUGUCGGAUCUGGUGCUGGUGCAGGCGCCGGUGCCGGUGCCGAUGUCGGUGUUGGUGUCGGUGCCGGUGUCGGUGUCGGUGCCGGUGUCGGUGUCGAUGCUGGUGUCGAUGCUGGUGCCGGUGCUGGUGCCGGUGCCGGUGCUGGUGCCGGUGCUGGAGUUGGAGUGGAUGCAAAUGCUAAUGUACCGGUCGGAGUUGAUGGCAAACCGGAAGCAAAGCCAGACACAAAAAAGCAUAGCUAUCCCAUUAAGAUAGCGGUGAAUAAUAUGCCAGAGGAUCCAGCGUUCAUACCUGACACCAAGAUUGUUCCUGUGUCAGAAGAUCCAGAUAAAGAUCCUACAGACUCUGUGAUCACAGUGUUCGCUGCUACUGAUCCAGACACAGGAAAACCAGCAGAAAAUGUCAAUUAUGCUAAAGCCUAUGAUCCAGACCACUGGUUUACCAUCGAUGAAGAAACGGCAGAGAUCAAACUCAUCAAAGCACCUGACAAGGAGUCACCGUUCUUGGUGAAUGGAACGUACAUCGCCAAGAUUGUGGCGAUAACUAAAGACAUGCCGGCAAAGACAGCAACAGGAACAAUCGCCAUCCAAGUCUCUGACUUCAACGACCACUGCCCCACUCUCAAAACCAGCCACGUCACUCUGUGCUCGAACAAAAAAACGGUUUACGUCACCGGCCUGGACGAGGACUCCCAUCCCAACGCUGCGCCGUUCACGUUCAGAAUCCUGUCUGAGGGGACUCAUGGCAGCUGGGUAAUGGAAGUCCUCAAUGAGACGACUGCUGCUCUUCACUCUCAGGAGGCUCUGUGGCCCGGUACAUACGAGUUGCAAGUGGAGGUGUCGGACAAUCAGGGUCUGUCCUGCCCAGACAAGGAGGUUUUUCACGUUGAUGUUUGUACCUGUGGGACAGCAGAGACGUGCUACAGGAAACUGCAAACGCCUUCAUCUGAGCUUGCUGCCCCAGCCAUCGGUCUGAUAUUCCUGGCAAUGUGCUUACUGCUGCUACUUCUUCUUUUCCUACUGUUCUGUCAGUGCGGAGGAAAAGAGGCCCUGUUUCCCGAUCAAUUUAACGAUUUGCCGUUUGACACUAAACAACACCUCAUAUCCUACCACACUGAGGGCAAAGGCGAGGACAAGGAAGUCCCACUCCAAAGUGUCCCUAUCAGGUUGAGAGAGCAAGUCCUAGUUGAUUCACCACCGGACGUGAACUUUCAAAAGCAGAGGUUAUUAAACAUGGAAAACUAUCAGACCAAAACAUACUAUAAUGAAUCCGUGCAGAAAUUUCAGGAAAGCAGCCAAAGCUUCAUGGAGGUCGACGGCUACAGGUUUGCUCGGCAAUCGUUUGACCGGGGCAGCAGCAAAUCGCAGCAAUUCACGAAGCUAGGAUUUGGUACUCAGAAGUCGACUUAUCUCUAUGAGGAUAUGGCUUUACCUGAGUCUUUUCUCGAUCACUACUACACAGAGAAAGCAAUGUUUGCUGAGCUGGGCAGGGAUGGUCUGUUGCAGUUCAAUUAUGAGGGACAAGGUUCCUGUGCUGGUUCAGUGGGCUGCUGCAGCCUCCUGGAGCCUGACAAUGACCUACAGUUCCUAAAUGACUUUGAGCCCAAGUUCAAGACUCUUGCGGACAUCUGUUUACCUCCGACACCAAAACCGUCCCUGCCUGGCAAAGUUGUAGAUGCUGAUUUAGUAAUCAACACACAACACACUGUUGAGACGAAACUAGCCAAUGUGAAUACAGAGAAGAUAGUGUCGUCUGUUAACGUCACGAAACCAACCGAUCCUCCACCCAUGAAAAUAACUCAGGCUGAGGUCACUAACAUCAGUCAGUCAUCUCACAUCCAUCAGUCAUCUAACAUCCAACACACUUCUACUUUGCCUUCUCCGGUUCAGACUGUUGUCCUGCAGCAGCAGCCAGUUUACUACACCAGCCCUAUGCUACAACCCAUGCAGUACGUAGUUCAACCACAGCUGCAGACCACAGUUCUUUUGGCAGAUGGGGCCCAUGGAGCCAAUGUUCCAGGACUGUAUGUAGUCAGUGGGUCCCAGACUGCUUCUGGAGUCCCAUUCAAUAUGCCCACAGCCCCUGCCCCUGCUCCUGGGCUGGUUAUGCACGGCUUUGAGAGCACCAAAAGCUCUGCUAGCCCGACCAGACUUGUCAGCCCCACGCAGUUGCUACCUGGUAGCAUAAACUUGCCCCAGGGCUCAUUCCGUGCAGAGGGUUGGAAAGUCGUAGGAUCAAAUACCAAUGGUAAUUAUGUGAUGGUUAAAAAGAAACUUAAGAAAAGUUUGUCAAGUGCGACAGAUCCUGUGAGUUCAGGCUCAUCUAAGGGUACUUUGCCCAGAGGUGCUGUCCUGGUAAAAGAGGCUGCUUCCCCUCAGGGGAUAUCAAGCACAGCAGCCCAGAAGAGUGUGUAUGGCAUUCUGCCAGGACACACUGUUGCUAAAAAUGGGGGUGUUUUUGCAGGUAAUGGAGGUGGGCAAAUGUGGGGUGGGCAGCCAGAGCAGAUGGGGUUCAGGCCACUUACCGUUUUGGGAGUUGGUGUUGGGCAGCCAAGAGUGGCUGGGAUGUGGCCAGCUGGAAUUAGUACAGUGGGUGUUCAGCAGGCCAGUGUAAAUCAGUUCCAAGGAAGUUUCACUACUUUAGGACAAACAAUGGAUCCCGCUGGUUUUCCAAAGGCAAGUACACUUGAUUCACAAAAGGAGAACAAGACCAUUGACAUUACAUAUAACUUCACUCCUGCUGAAAUCAUAAAAUGUCAUCUACCCUCAAAGGAAGAGGUCCAGAUGAGAAAUCUCUUUCAGGACAGCAGUGAUGCAGUUCAGCAAAAGGCAGAUGGUACAAUUGAAGAGUCAGCAUCAGAGGAUGUGAUUACCUUCACAUCACAAGAGGACACAAAAGGAGAUGACCUGAGUGAGUUGGUCCAUGUUGAUAUUAAAAACAAUGUAGGUAUCCAAGAGAAUAUAGCUCAAGUGUCAGAAAAGUCCUCAGUUGAUUAUCUAAAUGAAGCCGCUGUGAAACCAUUAGUAGAACCAGAUGUAUUACAUGAAUCAUUUGAUCAGCCUGACACAGAGGAAAAGCAACCGGCAGAUACAGCAAAUGAAAUUGUGCCUGGAAUCAUUGAUGUGGACGCAAAAAAGGUGGAGAGAUGUGAGACCACGGGACUCAGUAACAGUCAAGAGAAUCACAAACAACUGGAACGACAGGAAAAUGAUAUUCUGUCUGACGUUAUUUCUGCAAAAGAUAAACCUAUAGUCAGUCAAACAUCUUGUACAGAAGCUGUUUUACCUGAAUCAACAGUUACUGCAUUAAAUUGCACAGACAAAGAGAAGAAAGAGACGUCAAAGUGUGCAAGCAAAGAAGAUUCUACAGCAGACCAUGUCAAGGCUGAUGAACAUACACAUGAUGUCCCAGAAGAAUAUCAGGACAGAACAAAGGGAGAACAUUUGAUGAAGGAACGUGAAACGGUUCAACCUGGCAUAGUAGAAGUUCCACAGGACAGAACUACUGAAGUAGAAUCAGAAUCCCAAUCAAAUGUCUCCACCGAGGAUCAAAGAGAAACUGAGCAGGAGAGAGAUUUUAGUGCAAUAGAGACGAUCGUUUUAAACAUAGAAAAUAAUCAGGAUACUUCUAUUUGUGAUUGUAUCCAAAAAGAUGAUCAUCUGGUGGAAAAGACAUCUGACACAUGUGACGCACAUGACGUGAAGAAUGUUGAGCGGGAAGAGUUUGUCUCUGAUGUGGGACUUUGUCCUAAAGAAGAUGAAACAUCAGCAACCCCUUCAGAUGAGGUUUUAGAAAACAUUGAAGAGAAGUCCGCCUCUGCCCAAGUUCCAACUUUUGCUAACAAUGAAGAAGGAGAUCUGGAUGAUGUAAAUUUGACAACAGAAGAAAUUACCACUCAAGUACAGUCAGUGGAGUCCAGUGAGUCAACAUUAGAGCCUUUAGCAGAAGCCAGAAGCUCGGACCACCAAGAAGAAGAAGAUGACCAAAAUUCAACAUCGGGAUUAGGAGAAGACAUGAAUCAAGUCAAUGUUGAUGGAGACAGUAUAAAUAGUAGUGAGAUGGAGGUUUUGGAGCAAGGAUUGUCUCAGAAGUGUUUCACUGAUGCUGAUCACCAAGAUGAAGACAGCGAAAGAGAAGAUUUAUUGAGCACAAGCCCUCAAAUGGAAGAUGAGUUUAUCACGGAUGACAACAUUAUUGAUAAGGCUGAUGAUGACACAGGUGAACAGAGUGAACAAGAAGUUCCAGAGAGUGUGAUUUCACAAUUGGACAAAUGUCCCACCUCAGAACACAGCAAACAAGAUGGAGUGAACGAAGAGGGUGUUUUAAUUGUACAGCAAACAAUAACUAGCAUCCCAGAUGAGGAUGAAUAUGUUCUCCACACAUCCUCUCAAACUGAGAAUAAGCUCAUGACAGGUGACAGUGAAACUGAUAGACAGACAGAGGAAGAAGAAGAAGCACUAACCAGAAAGACAGACGAAGAAGAAGAGGUAUUAACCAGAGAGACAGAGGAAGAAGAGGAAGCAUUAACCCAAGAAACAGACGACGAAGAAGAAGCGUUAACCAGAGAGACAGAGAAAGAAGAAGAGGCAUUAACCAGAGACACAGACGAAGAAGAAGAAGCAUUAACCAGAGAGACAGAGAAAGAAGAAGAGGUAUUAACCAGAGAGACAGAGGAAGAAGAGGAAGCAUUAACCCAAGAAACAGACGACGAAGAAGAAGCGUUAACCAGAGAGACAGAGAAAGAAGAAGGAGCCUUAACCAGAGAGACAGAGAAAGAAGAAGCAUCAACCAGUGAAACAGAAGAAGAAGAAGCAUUUACCCGAGAGACAGAGAAAGAAGAAGCAUUAACCAGAGAGAAAGAGAAAGAAGAAGAAGCAUUAACCAGAGAAACAGACGAAGAAGAAGCAUUAACCAGAGAAACAGACGACGAAGAAGAAGAAGAAGCAUUAACCAGAGAAACAGAAGAAGAAGCACUCACCACACAGACAUGAACAAGCAUUUUCGACAAUCAAGACAGAGGAAAACAGGUGAACAAGUGUCCUUAUUUGGACAAUCAACUCGUGAUCAGCUCAAAACAUAAAUGGUGCAGUAUGACAGAGAAGGGUAUUACGGCAUUCUUGGGUUUUUAAGGCCUCUUCUCUUUUCUUUGCCUUGUCUUCUGCUUCCCACUCUUACCCUGUGUGUGCUGUCCAAUCAGAACAUCGUGAUAUGUUGAAUAGAUCAAUACAAGGUUGUUGGGGAGGAGGUGUAUUUUGUGUGUGAAAUGGAACUUGACUGGAGUGUGGAGAUGAUGUGUUGCCAGGGCUUGGAUUGGUUGAGAAAAGCUGAGCUCUGCACAUUCUGGACUUGAUCCAGGUCCUUGGGACAAGACUUUGUUGUUACCCUGCAAAAUGGAAUCGUUGGCAGACUCAGCUGGGUUCACCCAGGCUUUUUAGGUGGAAAGGGAUAAAUGUGUGAAUGAACGUCUCCACCACAGAGGUGGAGAGUGGAUGACUUGAGGAUGGAGAUAUUUUUUGAGAUACUAAAAGGUGGAUUUUGUGGUGACUUUGUUUGAGAUUGUAAGGAAAGGGUACGUCCACAAUGACAUCCAGAUUGUGGAUGUCUGGGGCAGAGCAGAUGUAGCAGCCACAGAAAGAUAUGAUUUCAUAUAAGGACUUGAUAAGAGACUACAGAGGGAGUUCAGUAAAUGCUUUAGUUUUGAGGUAAAGCUGGGUGUCAUCAGCAUAGCAGCGGUGGUUGAGACUAAUGGUGGCAGGUGAUCUGAUUUGAUGUGAGUGAUAUUUUAGAUAGACAUAACUACAUUUGCAUAACAUGACAACAUGUCCAACAUUUGUAAAAGCUGUUAAAAUGCUAUAACAAAAAAAAACAUUAAAUGCUGUCAAGUUAAAAGUCAAAUGUUUAUAUGAUUGGUGGAAGGAAGUUCACAUUGACGCUUCUUUAACUUUAAUUUUCCUACAUCUACAACUGUGUUAGAGCUACAUGUUUUUAUUAGUUGUCAAAAAGCUGCUUUACAGGCGAUACUGUGUUUGAUUUACGCGCACACCUGUCUGCACACCUGCACAUGGGCGUAUAUCUGUGUGGUGGGAGGGGAAACAUGAUUAACAUAACCUGUCAAACUUUAUUGCAUACUGUUUUUUUUGUUCUGUUUUUUUACUACAAAGCUAUUAAUAAAUGUGACACUGUAUACAA